CGGACAAACGCUCAUAACAUUCUUAUUUCGAAGUACAGCCUUAACGAAGGUGUGUUUAUAGGCACUGGCCUCAUGGUCCACCGUGACUCGGAUGUGAAUAACAUUAAGACAAAAUUCGAAUUCAAUGACGAGAAUAAGAAACGGCUGGACGCCAUCAUCGCCAAUUAUCCUGAGGGCCAUAAAGCUGCGGCUCUUAUCCCUGCUUUGGAUCUAGCACAACGUCAGCACGGAUGGCUGCCCAUAUCAGCUAUGCAUGAAGUGGCUCGCAUCCUUGAAGUUCCACGAAUGCGUGCCUAUGAGGUUGCUACAUUCUACACGAUGUUUAACAGGCAGCCUGUUGGGAAGUAUUUCAUCCAGAUCUGUACUACCACUCCUUGCAUGCUACGAGGUGCAGAAACAAUCACUGAGGUGAUAGAGAAAAAUCUUGGUAUUCAUGUGGGUGAAACCACGAAGGAUGGUCUUUUCACGUUGGCGGAAGUGGAAUGCCUAGGAGCUUGCGCUAACGCCCCAAUGGUACAGAUAAAUGAUGAUUACUAUGAAGAUCUUACUGAGAAGGACGUAGACGAUAUUCUAUCUGACCUGAAAGCCGGACGCCGACCCCAACCCGGACCACGCUCUGGUCGCCUUGCUGCGGAGCCAAUCGGAAAGCAAACAUCGCUUACCGUAAGUUUGAAUUUUGAACUACUUCGAUGUUUUAACUACUGA